GCUCUUCUCUACUUGCUACACUCCCACACAUUUUCUUCCUCUUUUUCUCGUAUUUUCCCCUUCAUUUUUCUCGGGAAAACCAUGGUGAAAGGUCCAGGUCUCUACACUGAUAUCGGCAAGAGGGCUCGAGAUCUUCUGUUCAAGGAUUAUCAAAAUGACCACAAAUUCACCAUCACGACGUACACUUCUUCGGGAGUGGAAAUCACUUCGACUGGAGUCAGGAAGGGUGAAAUGUAUUUGGCCGAUGUCAGCACGAAGCUGAAGAACAAGAACAUCACAACUGAUGUUAAAGUGGACACUAACUCAAAUCUACUUACAACCAUUACUGUGGAUGAGCCUGCACCUGGACUCAAGACCAUUUUUAGCUUUAUUUUUCCAGAUCAGAAAUCUGGCAAGGUGGAACUUCAGUACCAGCAUGAGUACGCUGGAAUCAGCACCAGCAUUGGAUUGACAGCAAAUCCCGUUGUUAACUUCUCUGGUGUGGUUGGAAAUAAUUUGGUUGCUGUUGGGACAGAUCUUUCAUUUGAUACUGCCUCUGGCAACUUCACAAAGUACAAUGCAGGGCUGAACAUUACUCAUGCUGACCUCAUUGCUUCUCUAACUCUAAAUGAUAAAGGUGACACCCUGAAUGCCUCGUAUUACCACAUUGUGAGCCCGCUGACUAACACUGCCGUUGGUGCCGAGCUUUCACAUAGCUUUCCUAGCAACGAAAAUAUUCUCACCAUUGGUACACAGCAUGCUCUGGACCCAUUAACCUUGUUGAAAGCACGGGUGAACAACUAUGGCAGGGCAAGUGCUCUUAUCCAGCAUGACUGGAAUCCAAGAACCCGAUUCUCUCUUGUUGGUGAGGUGGAUACCGGGGCAAUUGAAAAGAGUGCAAAGGUUGGUCUCGCUGUGGCCUUGAAACCUUAAAGACUUGUUUUGCGAGUGACAUAGGCUGCGCCUCUCGUGAUAGAGGUAAUAAGUUUAGUGGUAGGGUUUCAGUUUCUCAAUGAACCUUUUGGUCCUUCAUUUUGGAGCUAUCAAUUUCUUCAUAUCUUGGUGGGCUUGGGGUGUAUAUGUAAUAAGCGCAAACAAAUUUUAAAUUUGUAUGUAUUCAACAAAUCCACCCUAAUGUCAUUGAUUUAGUUGCACCUUUUGAGUAUUUUUUGAACAUGGAAGGUGAUUGUUCUGCAAUUUGAUAUUUGGGUGUAUAUCGUUGUUUUGAUUCAGUUUUUUUUUUUUUGGUUUUGUUCAGAAGUUUAUAAUUAGAAUUUAUUAAUGUAUUCUUAUUAACCUAUGAAGGAUAAGAUUUAUAGGUUAAAGAGAUAUUUCUUCACAGUUCAAGGGAAACGAAACUCAGGAUUUUUUUGGUACAUUGAUAC